CAGAAACACUGAACCCGAAAACCUGACCAGACGGCAGACGCCUCAUCUUCAAACUUCCUCGCUAAACUCCGCAACGCGUUUCAGAGAAUGCAAAUGAAGUUUCUGGAUUGGUACUUGAAGAUAUCGGCUGGGUCAGCUCUUGUUGGGGCUGGCAUGGAAUUUUUCAUGAUUAAGACUGGAUUCUAUGACAAAGUGACUGUUCUGGAGUCAGAGAAGCGAGCUUGGGAGAGCUCUCCUGAAGCUCAGGCAAUGAGAGAAGCUCUGAAUCCGUGGAGAAACAAUGACUCAGAAGCAGGGAAGAAUUCCUAGUUGUUAUAUUGGAGCUUUGCUUUCAUAAAGGAAAAAGGUAAGUUGUUCAGCGGAAAACGGUAAUAAGAGAGGGUGACUUGCACCGAUGCGCAUAUCCUGUAGACUCCAAAAGUGUGAUGGUAGUGCAGAAGUAAUGUUUUUCCCCUUACAAGUGAGAUUUUGCAUUACAUGGAGAUCACCUUGUGUUUUAUUUAUUACCUGUCUUUUGCUUAUUUGUAGUGGCAUUACAAGUUACCUGCAUUACCUUUAUUAAAACUCUUUGUUAGCUUCUUCAUAGUUCAUACUUAUAGAAUACUGUUGGAAAUUUAGAUUGCCAUUGAAAGUUCAAUUUUA